AUUUCAAAAUAACACAUGAAAUCAGGCAGCUCAUGGUUAAAUGCUGUAUAAUUGAAUCCACUUGACUUUGCUGAAAUCGAUUACUUGGAUCCCGCUUUAAAGGAUGGACACAAAGUCCUAUAUGAUCGCAUUUUAAACAUCAAUAUUCGAUUCUAAGAUCGGUUCUCAGAAGUCUAGGAACUUAGUUAACCAGAACCUAUCCGUCUACGAGUCCUAUAACUAGUAACGAUAUUGUUUAAUUAAGGGGAAUUGAUAGUAAUCCAUAAUCAAUUAAAAUUGAAAUUAGUUCAGAGAAGGAUUUGUUCUUUUUAUUUCAUCACGAAGCCACAGUUAAUGGUUUCACUCAAAUUAAAGCAUUACAGAACUUGCAAAUGCCUUUUAAGGAUUAUGCUCAAAUUACAAUAGCUACUUUAAAUAAGGUCGAAUAAAAUUAUAAUGGGUAUUAGUAUGAUCUAGAUGUCUUUAGAUAUGGAGCCAUUUUCUAAGUUAUGUUGGAUGGGUCAGCCAGAUUAGAAAUUAAUUAGACAACAGAAUUCAGAAGUGUGCACAUGAUUCACUUCGACUUUCAUUAAGUUGAGGAGUCCUUCCUUAGGUAAACCAUUGUAUUCAAAUACAAUCAACAACGAAAAGAAAUCAAGUAUCUUACUCAAUCACUAAACGAAUGCCGAAUGAGGGCCACUGGAAC